UACCACGCGGGGCGGUCAUGGCGGACGGGGAUGGUUCCAGCGUAAAGAAGCGGCGGAAGAAGGAGAAGCGCGUGCUGCUUGAUGAGGAUGUAGCGGAGAUUCAGCACACCGAGGAAUUUUUUAUCAAGCCCGAGUCCCGGAUCCCCCAGCUGGACACUUCUCAGUGGCCUUUGCUGCUGAAGAACUUCAACAAGUUAAAUGUGUUGACGGCACACUACACACCUCUUCCUUCUGGUGCUAAUCCCCUGAAGAGGGAGAUUGCUGACUAUGUUAGGUCUGGCUUUAUUAACCUCGACAAACCUUCCAAUCCAUCUUCCCACGAGGUGGUGGCGUGGAUCCGACGUAUCCUUCGAGUAGAGAAGACAGGACACAGUGGAACUCUGGAUCCUAAGGUGACUGGGUGCCUCAUUGUGUGCAUUGAGAGGGCAACACGGCUGGUCAAAUCUCAGCAGAGUGCAGGCAAAGAGUAUGUGGGAAUUGUUCGGCUGCACAAUGCAAUUGAAAGUGAGGCUCAGCUUGCCAGGGCGAUAGAAACUCUGACAGGCGCCCUGUUUCAGCGACCACCCCUCAUUGCUGCUGUCAAAAGACAACUGAGAGUCAGAACCAUCUAUGAGAGCAAGCUGGUGGAGUAUGAUCCUGAAAGAAGAUUAGGUAUCUUCUGGGUGAGCUGUGAAGCUGGCACAUACAUCAGAACACUCUGUGUUCACCUUGGUUUGCUGCUCGGCGUGGGUGGCCAGAUGCAGGAGCUCCGCAGAGUGCGCUCUGGCGUCCUGGGAGAGAUGGACAACAUGGUGACGAUGCACGAUGUGCUGGAUGCACAGUGGCAGUAUGACAACAACAAGGACGACAGCUACCUGCGGAGAGUCAUCCUGCCCCUGGAGAAGCUGCUGACCUCGCACAAGCGGCUGGUCAUGAAGGACAGCGCGGUUAAUGCUAUUUGUUAUGGAGCCAAGAUUAUGCUGCCUGGUGUCCUGAGGUAUGAAGAUGGUAUUGAGCUUAACCAGGAGAUUGUUGUUAUCACCACGAAAGGAGAAGCUAUCUGCCUAGCUGUUGCCUUGAUGACCACAGCAGUGAUUUCUACCUGUGACCAUGGCAUUGUGGCCAAGAUCAAGAGAGUGAUCAUGGAGAGAGACACCUAUCCCCGCAAGUGGGGUCUUGGGCCCAAGGCCAGUCAGAAGAAGAUGAUGAUCCAGAAGGGUCUGUUGGACAAGCAUGGAAAGCCCAACGAGAACACACCAGAUUCCUGGAAGGAGGAGUAUGUGGAUUAUAGGGAUGCUUCCAAGCAAGAGGCAGCUGCCAUUCCUCGAGCUGUUUCAGAGGUGGAGAGGACUCCAAAAAGGAAGCGAGAGCCGGAGAGCGAAAGUGAGGAGGCCGUGACCCCACCGUCCCCUGCCACCCCACCACCAGAGGAGCUGAGCAAAAAGGAAAAGAAGAAAAAGAAGAAGGAGAAGAAGGCCAAAGAGGCAGCUGAGAGUGGGGAAGAGCAAAUGGAAGUGAUCUGUGAGACCAGCACCAAGAAAAAGAAGAAGAAGAAGAAACAAAAGGAGGUAGAGAGCUCAGAGUAAGCCACUGGACCUGUCUACAGCAGAGGACCUCACUGGCCGAGAGGGAGGAGUCCUAGGCCUUAGGAAGAAGAGGACUGGCUGUACAGCAGAGGGGCCAGCACCUUCCAAGUCCCUUUCCUGCUGUGCAUAGGAAUGAGCAGGAGUGUUUGGCCACAAUACCCCUUGCUCAGAUACCCCUCCUCAUCCUGUUUUAAGGGUUGCCAGAGGAGCGGGGUGCCUGGCUGCCCCUGCACUGUAUUGCUCCCUGAAGCUGAA